GUGGGCAAGUCAGUCCUCUAAUUACAGAUCUCUCCUCCUCCUCCUCCUCCUCCUCUCUGGUUCUUCUCUCCCACUUCUCUUUGUCAAUCCCUGUAGAAACACACACACACACACAAGUUAUUACCAAUGUCCUCAAACGCUGACCUCUCAGAAUCACAACCCGGAGCUACCCAUCCCGAAGUCCCGGUCCAAGCUUCCGUAGGAGUUGAGAAUGCGUCGGCCAACGGCCAACCAAGUGAUGCGUUAGAACAAGACACUGCAACAACUCAAUUAAAUCCAGAAGCAGAAGAUGGAAUAACCAAUGCCCAGGCAUCGACUAAAUCUGAUGACCAUAACUCGAUCCAGUCCGAUUAUGGAGCCCCGCCCAAUUCUCAUUCCAUUUCCGACCCCAAUCCCAAUUUCAAUCCCAAAACCGACGAAUCUCCGGAGCCUAGCAACGCUUCGGAGACCAAUUCCAAGCUGGGCAAUGACCAGGGCAGCCGAACCUUUACCAUGAGAGAAUUGUUGAAUGAAUUGAAGAAUGGUGAGAUGGUUCCUGGUGGUUCAGAUGCUGAUCACAGAGAUACCGCCACUCCCCAUAGUCAAGAAAGCACACAACAUAUUGAUCAGAACAAUGCUGCCAUGGAAUUACUUGAUAGCGUCACAGGGGCUGACGAGGAGGGUCGGUCUCGCCAACGCAUUCUUACCUUUGCAGCGAAGAGGUAUGCUAGUGCAUUAGAGAGAAAUCCAGACGAUUAUGAUGCACUCUAUAAUUGGGCGUUAGUACUUCAGGAAAGUGCAGAUAAUGUUAGCCCUGAUUCUGUUUCACCUUCCAAAGAUGCAUUGCUUGAAGAGGCAUGCAAAAAAUACGAGGCAGCUACACAUCUUUGUCCUACUCUUAAUGAUGCUUACUAUAAUUGGGCUAUAGCAAUCUCUGAUCGAGCAAAGAUGCGUGGUCGUACAAAGGAGGCAGAAGAGCUCUGGAAACAGGCAACAAAGAAUUAUGAAAAGGCGGUUAAUCUCAACUGGAACAGUCCACAGGCACUUAACAACUGGGGACUUGCUCUACAGGAACUCAGUGCAAUUGUCCCUGCCCGUGAAAAGCAAAACAUUGUGAAAACUGCGAUUAGUAAGUUUCGUGCAGCAAUACUGUUGCAAUUUGACUUCCAUAGGGCUAUUUACAACCUUGGCACAGUUUUGUAUGGAUUAGCAGAAGACUUGUCAAGAACAGGGGGACCAAUUAAUGCAAAAGAGGUCUCUCCUAAUGAGUUAUACAGCCAGUCAGCGAUCUACAUUGCAGCUGCUCAUGCACUGAAACCUAAUUACUCGGUUUACACCAGUGCCUUAAAGCUUGUGCGUUCCAUGCUACCUCUACCCUACCUGAAGGCUGGAUACUUGACUGCCCCGCCUGCAGGAAAUCCAAUUGCACCUCAUAGUGAUUGGAAGCGUUCUCAAUUUGUUCUCAAUCAUGAAGGCCUUCAACAGAUCGCCAAAAUCGAUCAAAAACACCUUGCCCAGAGUCUUUCUUCAAAAUCUGGAGAUACUAUGAGCACUACCAGUAAACCAGCAAUUAGAGUUGAUGUUCAGGACAUCACCUCUGUGUCAACGUGUGCUGAUCUUACAUUACCACCUGGUGCAGGCCUCUGUAUUGAUACAAUUCACGGACCAGUUUUCUUGAUUGCUGAUUCUUGGGAAUAUUUGGAUGGAUGGCUUGAUGCAAUUCGACUAGUCUACACGAUAUUUGCGCGGCGCAAGAGUGAUGUGUUGGCUGGUAUAAUAACUGGAUGAAUUUGUACAAGCCAUGGAUGAGAAAUGCCAAAAUCUGUUCGAGAAGAUUUGAGAUGUACCAUCUGACUUAGCGGCUGGCCAUGUAUCAUAGUGUGUAAUUUUAGUCAGCCUCGUCACAUGAGGUUUGAUAGACGUUCAGUUGGGCAAAAUUUGUCCCGAGGUUUUUUGUCGACUAUGAGGUCUGGUAGGCGUUCAGUCGGGCAAAUUUGUCCCCCAUUUUUGUGUUCGACAUCAUCUCAAGAGUGGCUUCCUUGUACAACAACCCAUAAAAAAAAAACUUCACCACAAAUUGAUUAUCAAACUCUAGUUGAUACAUAGAAUUAGCUUUUUCCGGACUGCAGAUGCUGAGAAACUUUUAUACUUUUGUUACGACGAAUAUAGGCAGUUUGUAUUAGUCGACGCGCAAAAUGCAGACGCGAUCGACUUGGUCAUAAUGCAUUAAAAAUACGAACUUCCAAUUUGAUA